GAUAUUUUUUGUACCAUAAAUGUAAAAGUAUAUGUACGCUAUUGAGGCCCGGGAAGGGAUAUUGUAGAGUACAGGUAGCGCAUUGUUGUUAUCUCUUUACUGAUAACAUUCAAAUAUCAGUUUUAAACAGGAAAUCGGGUAACUGGUGAACUGGGAAGUGAAGUCAGACAUCAACACUUAUCAAUGUACUAAUUACUGUGAGUAAUGGUGAUCCGACGAUCUGGACUAUGGAAUCGGUAUUAUAUUCAUGUAUACUGGGACUAAUCGCAUGUGUAUAUAAAAUUGAUGGUAUAUCAUGUCCAGAAACAAUAUCCCUGUCUAUAAAAGACAAUCAACUUCCGGUUUACCAAGCGAUGGCGACAUUUCCAUGUGGAGGCCAUUUAAUUGGAUGGCGGACCACUGGCGCUAUACCAAAUUACAAUCUAUUCCUAGGAGUCUGGAUUCCAAAUUACGGCACCCAAAAACUCCUCACCCUUUUAGAACCUCUCAAUAAAAUUAGUGGCGGGGAAAUGGAACCGCUUAUAGUCGAAAGUGGAGAUUUCAUGGGUUUAGUGUUACUUAAUGACAGCAUUAGCUCAUCGUCCAAACUAGAUCAGCUUGCACAACAAACACAGACUCCACACUUUCUUACAUCAGCUUACACAAAGAACAAAUUGUUGGUAGCUGUGGUUCCAAGGAACACAACAAGAGGCAGUGUUUUAAAUUUUGAGGAAAUAUCGUUUCAUUUGAUUCCGGCAGAAUUUACACUGCAGGUUCAAAUGGAUUAUACUGGUAUUCAUAAAACCAAAUGGGAGUCGACAAAGAAACUUAAUAAACGGAAUAAGUCAACAAAGUGCAGUCUUAAUCUUCCAAACUGUGAGUCCUGUAUAAAGAUCAAAGGUAAACUUGCAUGCUCCCAGUGCAGGGACGGGUUUUACGGAAAAACCUGUAAAGACAUGUGUCCCGAGAGUUGUUCAUCUUGUGAACAGAAGAGCGGCGACUGCAUCCGGUGUGCGACCGAGUACUUUGGUCCCAGCUGUAAAGAACAGUGCCCCACGGGGUGCGCGCCCUCCCUGGGCUGUAACGCAGUAAGUGGGUGUGUCCAGUGUCGCCUAGGCUGGGGCGGAAUGUGGUGUAAGCAGUUCACUCAGAGCUGUGACGAAGGACGCUUCCGUGGGAGCAACUGUAAGGACCAAUGUCCCGAAAAUUGUGAAGCCUGUAACGGGACGCAAGUGAAUGAACACUGUUUGGUCUGCAAGAGAGGAUUUCAAUGGCAGCUGUGUGCAGAUGUGGUUGCAAACAAUCACGAAUCUGAAAGUAUAUCUGAUGGAGGAUCCAGCUCUUUGGGAGCCAUAUUGGGUGCUUUAUUUGCUUUAAUUAUACUUGGUGCAAUAGUGGCUGGGGUUGUUUAUUAUCUUGUAAGGCGUCGACGCAGGAAUUCUGCCAAGAGGCAGUCCGUUUUGCAAUCACUAAAUGGACUUCCUUCGAGAAAUGCGUUGGACGGAAAUGAACGUCCAUGCAAUACAUAUGUAGAGGACUUCCCAACAAAGGCAAACCAGAACAGGCGACUUCCGUUACCCCCCGGCGAAGAUGAAGAAGGAUAUAUGGCGCCUCAAGCAAAACCGGACGUGACGUCAAGACUUCUGCAAGAAGAGGAACUGUCCUCAAAUGACAAACCAUCCACCUCUGAGGCAGCAAGAUCCUCGCCCCACCAGGAUGACGUUUACGAGGUUAUUGGCGACGUGGAACACAUAGAGGAGACUUUUGAAUAGAAUUACCGCUGUGUGUGUGUGUGUGUGUGUUAUCGCUUUCUCUUUCAGUGCUUAUAAAGGGCAGCAAGUAUGAAAGAUGAGUUGAAUGCAAAUGUAUUGUUGUAAAUGUAUUACAACUGUGAAUGCAAAUGUAUUGCAACUGAAUUAGAAAAAAAGUAUGUUAUUAUGCGAUAGACAAUUGCUUCUGCAUCUCUUUUUUAUUGAAUAAACUCAUGUUUGUCAUUGGUUUUUUAAAAAUAAACUAGUAUACAAAUGCCCGCUAA